GGGGACCACAAAAGUUGCUUUGUUGUAGCAAUUCGCCGAUGCGGUUACCUGUUAGAUCUACCUUGUCAUCAGCUGUGAAGCCUGCCUAGUUGACAUUACAACAACACAAAAAAACUACACAUUCAAUCAAAUUCAGUAACAUUUUGUUUCAUUUGGCGGCCUAUCAUUUGUUCUUAAUUUAUACGCAAAAUGUCGGAUUCUACCUCAGAGAAAAAAGCUAACCCCGCCAAAUCCUUUUUGAGCGGCGGCUUUGGUGGUAUUUGUACCGUUAUUUCCGGCCAUCCUUUGGAUACUAUUAAGGUACGCUUACAAACUAUGCCUCGCACUGGCCCCGGCGAAGCACCAUUGUAUAAGGGUACAUUUGAUUGUGCCGCCAAAACAAUUAAAAAUGAAGGAUUUUUGGGUUUAUAUAAAGGAAUGUCAGCCCCGAUAGUGGGAGUUGCACCCAUUUUUGCCCUUUGCUUUGCCGGCUAUGCACUAGGAAAGCGAGUCCAACAGACUGAAGGAAACACCAAACUAAAUUAUCGACAAAUAUUUGUGGCCGGUUCAUUUUCCGGUUUACUUUCUACUAUUAUUACUGCUCCAGGAGAGCGUAUUAAAUGCUUGUUGCAAAUUCAGCAAGCCUCAGGGGCAGAGCGUAAAUACAACGGAAUGCUUGACUGUGCUGGAAAGCUCUACAAGGAAGGUGGUAUACGCUCCAUUUACAAGGGCAGUUGUGCGACUUUGUUAAGAGAUUUACCCGCCAACGGAGUUUAUUUCUUGGCCUAUGAGGCCAUACAAAAUUAUUCUAAAAAACAAUCUGGUAGCGACCAAGUAUCUCUAGCAGUAACCUUAUUUGCCGGUGGCUCAGCUGGUAUUGGCUACUGGCUAGUUGGCAUGCCAGCUGAUGUAUUAAAGAGUCGUUUGCAAACUGCACCUGAGGGCACCUAUAAAAAUGGUAUUCGUAGCGUAUUUAAGGAAUUGAUGGUUAAGGAUGGUCCACUUGCCCUAUACCGUGGCAUUACACCAAUUAUGAUUCGUGCCUUCCCCGCAAAUGCUGCCUGCUUCUUUGGCAUUGAAUUAGCGAAUAAGUUCUUUGAUAAAUUCUUCCCUAAUUUUUAGUUUCGCCUUUUGCAAAAUACUGCUAUAUUUGUUAUUCAAUAUAGUGUUUGAGAUUAUAUUCUUAUAGGAAUGUCGAUAAUAGAUACCUUUGCGAGUUCUUGAAGAACAUAUUUUUAAAAUUGUUAAUAGAAGCAAAAUAAAAGCAAUAUGAAUUAUA